CCUUUUUUUUUUUUAUGUCAAAAGAUACCAUUCAUCGUUCAAGUAAUCAAGGUGAUUCUCUACCUCUCAACGUUGAAGAUCUCGAUCCUACGACUAUCAUUGCUUUGGAUGCUUUAUCAGCCAUUGCAAAACGAAUGAAUAUUGACCAAGAUAAAUAUAGUAGCUACGAAACGGGACUUACACACACACUCAUGACUACUAUGGACUUAGAAUUGGAACGCCAAGAUUUAGAAGAAUUGAGUUGGGUUGUUCAAAAACGUAAGAUAUUAGCUGAACGGGAACUUGCUGCGUUAAAAGAACUUUGGAGUUGUAUGCGACAACAAAGAGACGAAAAAGAGCAACCACAAGUACAACAAUGGCAAAAAGAAACAUCUACUAUUAAAGCACAACUAGAACAGGAUGCCCACGAAUAUGAAAAGGCCAUGGAACAAAUCAAAAGUAGAAAAGACGAUACUGAUGUCACUGCCGUUAGCUUAUUGGAACAACAAACAUAUCAACUUGAAAAGCAACUUGACAAAACAACACAACAUCUUAGCCAAUAUAACAAUCUUCCAGCGGAUAUGGAUUUGGCGACAACUAUGUUACAAGACAAACUAGAUGACUCGACAAAACUGGAAAGGACCCGGGAUCGGUUACUAGCAGACAUAGCAAGUAGCAUGUAUUGAUAGUUAAUAGUUAUGUAGAUAGAUCAAAAAUAGUACAAUAUAAUAGUUUUGUUUUAUUCUUUAUUCGAUAUGAUAAAGGGUUGUUGUAUAUAUACAAAUGGAUGAAUCAAAAAAACAUAAGUAUGUUACUAUGAACUAAAUAUGUACGUUGGUACGAAUGUGUACAAAA